CUUAAAGCCCCAGGAGCGAAGCUGAGCUCACCAAGUACGUGGGACGUCCCAGGAGUGACUGCCAGCCCCCUAAAUCACAACUGCCAAGGCAGUGCACAACAGGCGACUGUUCCAUUGCUGGGGGUGUUUAAAAGGAUUUCUUGGAGUUGGGAAUUCAUUGAAUGUCCCAGAACACUGUGGGUGGGUCCUGUCCGUUUUCCUGUUUACAUGUGCCGAUCUCUUGUUGCUGUUUAGGACAAUUUAGUAGAGAGGCGGUGUGAUUUGUUUUUUUUUUAAUCCUGUCCAGAAUGAUGAAGUGCGAAGUGUGCCUUGAGAUACAAAUGAGCCAAUUUACAAGCUUUUCGAUAUAUGAGCCAUUGUUCUGACACAUUUUUCUCUUUGAGGAGAAGAUUGAGAUGAUUGCUGGCAGUUAAAGUUUACCAUCAAACUAAAAUUAAAACAAAGAGCUGUGUGUUUAAUUUUGCCCCGGCUGUCUUAAUGCUAACACAUAAUAGGAAACACCAUGGAAACACAUGAGAUAACGAAUAGCAUCUAAAGUAUGUCUUGGCUUUAGGCAACGGAUAUUUGAACACAAUCGAGGCAGCAACACAUAGAGAGAAAUUAGUGGCCAGUUUGCCAGGAAAAAUAUGUGAUUGGCAUAUGUCGAAGUACCAGCUCGUACUUUGCAACCUGCAGCAGAGACCAAUUUGUAUGUAUCAUUGAUGGAUGAUCAGCACUGGAAUUGGCAACAUAAAACCCUAAUCGGAUACUGUACGCCCAUGCUCAUACAUAUUCCCACUAUUUAGCGGUUGAUCCUGGACUGAGAGCAACGGAACUUUCCCCUGCAACAUGCCUUAGCCAUCCGAGCACAAGUCAGGAUGAUGGCCUCUGCCGUGGCCGGCAGCGACCGCAGGAAGUCGCUGACGCUGCGAGGAGUGGACCCAGAGACGUGCAUGAUUGUGUUUAAGAAUCACUGGGCGCAGGUAGUGAAGAUCUUAGAGAAACAUGAGCCAGGGCGUGGCGGCACCAGCGUGCUGACUUUCCUCUCAGGUCACACUGGAGGCAGCGGCGCCCGCCUCGGGUCCAUCCCAGCCGAUGAGGCCAGUGCUGUUCAGAACUACGUGGAGCACAUGCUAUUCCUGCUCAUGCAGGAGGAGGCAGGACAAGGAGGAGCAAUGGGUCCCAUUUUGGAGUUUGUAGUUCUGGAGGGUGUGAUGGAGCGCCUUUUCCUUUGGAGCUUGAGGCGGCAGUUCACCGAGGACAUGAAACUGGAGCAGCUCAGGAUGUACCAGAUGCUCCUGACCCAGGCCCACCAGCCCCUCCUGCACCACAAGCCACUGCUGCGGCCGCUCAUGACACUGCUGGCCUCCUGUGGCGGCGCUGGCGCAGACGCAGGCGGCUGCGUAGAGGCAGAGCUGGUCCUCCUGUUGAACCAGCUGUGCGCGGCUCUAGUGAAGGACCCCUCAGUGCUGGAAUUGUUCUUCCACACCAGUGAGGAUCAGGGCGCUGCCAACUUCCUGCUCUUCUCCCUGCUCAUCCCAUACACACACAGACAAGGUCCGGUAGGUCAGCAGGCCCGAGAAGCUCUUCUGCUCAUCAUGUCGCUUUCGGCCUCGGAGCCUCGCGUGGCCCAGCAUAUUGCCCAAAACACGUACUUCUGCCCUGUUCUGGCCACAGGUCUUUCUGGUCUCUACUCCUCUCUGCCAGCUAGGUUGCAGGUUUACAGCGAAGACUGGCACUGUCUGGACCAACCCGACUGGCAACAGGUUCCGGCUCUUGUCCACUUCCUGCACUCGCUGGGCUUCUGCAGCGCCGUCACCAGCGUAACUCAUCCUUCUAUCCGCUCCCAGUUGCUGAGUUACAUCCACAAUGGGUUCCUGGUGCCUGUGCUAGCCCCUGCUCUCCAUAAGCUGACUGUGGAGGAGGUGAUGACAACUACAGCUUACCUGGACUUGUUCUUACGCUCCAUCACUGAGCCUGCCCUCCUGCAGACCUUCCUGUCCUUUAUAUUGCUGCGCACUCACGACAAUGUGCAUAUCCUGGACACGCUGGUCAGCAGAGUCAACACACCUUUUCAGCUAGGCACGGUGUCGCUGGCUCUAUUCAGGACGCUCAUCAGUCUCUUCUGCGAGGACGUCAUGUUGCAGCUUGUUUUCAGGUUCUUAAUUGCGUGCACCCACCUGAGCAGGAAGCAGUGCUCAUCAUUAAAACACAAGGCCUGGUGCUCCACGAGUGCCGCCUCCUUCCUGCUCCUCAUGCCCUCUUGGUGCCCCGUCCACCUGCCGAACAGAAAUGGAGCCUCAGAGCACAUCCACUGGCCCAAAGGAGCAGAUGUGUCAGUGGCUGAAAGCAUUGGUUAUUGGCGAGGCUCAGACAUCCGAAUGGAAGUCAACUACCUCCAUUACCUCUCAGAUGCCCGACAAGCCAUCGAUGCCUCGAAAAGGGCGUGUCGGCACUGGUCAGCGCCUUAUGACGGACACAAUCCGCCACCUGUCCAAGAACAACCUCUCACAUUGAAUGGAUCAAAUGAGGAUGACAUGGAACGGCAACCAAAGAGUGACUCUGUUGGUGCCUCGCCGACCUCUUGCUCCAUGGACGCUGCCUCCAAGAGUAACCAGGCAGGAAGAACCGGCUCUGCUCUAGACCUUGAGUGGGAUGACCUUUUUGUGGAUGAGGAUCUAUCGUCUUCAUUUGGUGGGUCUUUUGCACCUCUCCCACCCUUACCCCCUCGCCACAUCCAAGAGAUGCGACGCAGCGCCAUCAAGCUGGUGCACGGCGCCUAUGUGGAAGAGGGUGAAUUUGAGAAGGAUGUUCUGGUCUACGAUCUGGUUGCCCAAAAAGAUGCCACUGCUGCUAUUUUGGAACGAAUGAUGGCAGCUAAUCGAGGACCACAUGGAGACGGUGUCUCCUCUGUGACAACAGGAAGGACAAUACAUGAAACUGUUAACUGCAUUAUGUCAUCCCGGAGGAUGAGUGAGGAAGGAGGAAAGGAGGACAUAAGGGGUGAGGACCAUGGAAGCAAAUCGAGGCUAAGUGAGGACAUCAGUGAUCCCGUUACUGACAUUUGUAAUGCAGACUGCAUCCCAGACACACAAAAUCACACUUCACUCAACGGUCAUCCAUUGAUGACAAACACAGACUCCACAUGUUACAACAAAGUUCCUGGUAACAACGGCAACUUCCUGUCCCAGUACCAUGAGCUAAUGCGUUCUUUUGGGGCAGAGCCGGAGUGCGACAGCAUACUGGAUGACAUUUCCACCUUUAGGAGGCGGAUUCAAGAACUGAAGCAAAGACUGGUAGAGGAAGAUUGUGAAGAUGGAAGGGAAACGGUUGAGGAGCUUUUGGUGGAGGAGGAAGAAGAAGAUGGAGCGAGGCAGAGUGUUCCAUUUACAGGGCCCUUUAUCAGUGUCCUUCUGUCCCGUCUGGAGAAUCUACUGGAGAACUCUAUCGCCGUCAACCUGCUGGUGACAGGCAUCCUCGCUCAGCUAGCGUCAUACCCGCAACCUCUGCUGACAGCGUUCCUGCUUGGCACAGAAACACACCAACAGGCUGGUGUGUGUACACUGCACCAGGUGCUGGUGUCACUUCACAGCCAAAUUGAACGCUACAUCCAAGCCCGACCAGAGUACCCCGCCUUGGUCCUACAGGCAUGGAGGUUCUUGUUGGCUAAAGACCAUGACAGCAAGGUCCGAGAAAGCCUCCAGUCUGAGGGCACUGAAGAUCCAGACCACCUUCUUCCCAAUGGUUCUGUGAGGAACAUUCUAGCACUCCCCCACCUUGGCCCUCUGCCUCCCUGUCCUACCAUCCCACCCCAAGACAAGAGCCGAGUGUUCGCCAUGGUCCUAUACGCAGAAUUCCUGAAGGAGCUGGCCGCUAUUGCCCUGGAGCAUAGCAUCACAUCGGACUGGACCACAGAGGAGUAGAGGAGGCAGGCCUCAUCCCAAAAACGACACUUUAAAGAGUAAUUUUAUGUAUUCAUUUGACCUGAAAUCCCUUGAAUUUUUGUACUGUGCAGAACAAUGUGAAAAUGAUUCUAUUAAUGUUGACUAUAAGUGCUGACUGUUCUUUUCAUUGUGUUUUUGUGAAUUUAAUGUUUUUCCAUGAAUCAUCCAAGUAAAACAGUGAUGUUGAAAAUCGAAAA